UGCGUAAUUGUGUCGGCGCAAAUUUUCAAAAAGUGAGGACUGAGCAAUCUUAAGUAACAUCGUAUAACAUAUUAUCCAUCAUAUUCACAAACAGUUUAUUGGUGGUGUUUUUUUGGGUUUUUAAAUCUUGUUAUUUUUAGUGUUGGCUUAUAUAGCCUUCGGUUAAACAGGAUCUAGAUCACGCCUGUGCCGCGAUGAGUGCCUCCUCCACCCCCCGCCUGGGCAUGCGCUCCCACGUCCUCACGGAGAUGCUGCCCGGGAAGCAGUUCGUCUCGCCCUCCACCCGUGCCAAGGUGGUGCAGGUCGCCCACCAGCCGCUGCUCAACAGCUGCCCCAGCAACGAUGACGACCUGGAGAAGAGGCAGAGGCGGCGCUCCAAGGUCAUCGACCUGCACAUGAGCGGCCUGGAUGGCUCGCUGCUGGAUUCCCCUGCGCGCAGUGGUACAGGUACUCCAGCUGCAGUGCCCAAACUGUCCAAUUCCGAGAUCUCUGAGCACUAUUCCACCUGCAUCAAGCUUUCUACGGAGAAUAAAAUCACCACAAAGAAUGCCUUCGGCCUUCACCUGAUCGACUACAUGUCAGAAAUUCUCAGGCAGAAGGAGACUGAGCUCACAAACUUUAAGGUGGCAGCGGGCACCCUGGAUGCCAGCACAAAGAUCUACUCAGUGAGGGUGGACGCUGUCCACGCCGACACUUACAGAGUCCUGGGAGGACUGGGCUCCGACAUGAAGCAGGCAGAUGAAAAAGAGCCAGAGGACGGGGAGGAGAACAGCACAGACCCAGAAGUACCCAAAAAGGUGGUGAAGAAGAAGAAUCCCAACAAGAAGACUGUGGAGCAGAAUCUCAACAACAUCAACAGCGCCGAGUCCGAGAGGAAGUGUGAGGUAGAUCCCAUGUUUCAGAAGAUGGCGUCUUCGUUUGAUGAGACCAGCACAGCCGGGGUGUUCCUGUCAGUCCUGUUCAGCGAGGACUGCUCCAGCGAGCUGCGCUUUCCCUCUGACGUUGUCGUACUCUCCUCCGGGACCCCCUGCCAGCCACCUCCCCCAGCCCAGGUGCCAGCCUCCCCCUUCACAGCCGGGCUGCAGCAAGCCCAGGAGAAAAGCUCCAUCUGCCCGUCUCUGGAGGACUUCUCCUUCACCAAUUGGAGCGACAAGGCUCACAACCAGAACAUCACUCAGAUGCUGGAGAAGUACAAGAGCAGCAACCACGUGUUCGACAUCAACGCGGAGCCCGAGCCCGAGUGUGAGCCGGCGGACGGCGGGGACGAUUUUGACGCGGAUGCUUACGAGGAUGGGCCGGAGGAGUGCGGGGACGGCGACAGGCAGGGGGAGCACCGCAGUGGCUGUAUGAUGGAUAAAGGCCGAGGCCGGGACGUCAUUCCCAUUGGAGAGGGGGAUAUUGGCACCAUGUGCCUGCAGCUGUCCUCCCAGCCUGGCGAAUACUCCUACUUCAGCCCCAGGACUAUGUCGAUGUGGGCAGGCCCAGGCCACUGGCGCUUCAAACUUUCUAAACUGACGAAGAUGCGCAUUUCUGGUGAAAAUUUGGAAGAGAUUGGAGAUUACAACUAUGACAACCCCAAUGAUACUGCCAACUUCUGCCCGGACAUUGAGGUGGAGGACGAUGAAGAGCCGGCUGGCUUCGUGGGGCCGGAUGGAACAUUUGAGAUGACCUGUCACCCUGGAGGGGGAUCCAUUUCCCUCCCGGCGGAGACAAAUGGAGCAGACAUCACCACCUACGGAGAAGACAACCUGGUGGCUGAGCCGCACAAGGUGAACAAGAUUGAGAUCAAUUACGCCAAAACAGCCAAGAAGAUGGACAUGAAGAAACUGAAGCACACCAUGUGGAAUCUGCUGACUGACCAGUUAAACAAAUCAGCAGAGGCAAGAGAGGGCGAUGAGUCGGCUGCAGUGAAUGGAAUGAAAGCCUUCAGUCAGACCACCAAGAGUCUGCUCCAGAGGCUCCCCUCUAAUAUGGCCCAGAACCUGUCUGUCCCCUUGGCCUUUGCCGCCCUGCUGCACUUAGCCAACGAGAAGAACCUGGAACUGCUCAAGGUGGACGACAUGUGCGACAUUAUAAUACAGCAAGGCCAGUCCCCAGAAGUCUUUGCUCUUCACUGGUGGAAUAGCCUCCUGAUCAUCUCAGGCAAGCAGUUUCAACUAAGACCUUCAAGCCCUUCUCUACCCGCAAACCUUCCAGUACUAUAAACUAAAGUCCCCUUUCCUUCUUGGUUAUU